AUGCCCUUGUCGCAGCAGGGAUGAACAGAAAUACCAAAUGGGAUUUAGGAACAGGUUGGAAGGAGAAAUGAAGUGGAAUGGAAGCUGUGUCUGGUCUGGGUGAUGCUGGCACUGACGUGCUCGGUGUGCCUGGAGCAGCAGGGAAUGCUGGUUCAGGAAUCCACACAGGGGGAGGCUGGGUCAGGACUUUCUGUGAAUUCCCUGCUGCAUUUGCUGCUUGCUUUCAACUCUUCCUGUUGAGCUGGAGCAGAGGUGUGAGAUGUGAAGGGUUGGUUGUGCAGAGAAGUCUCAAACACAGGGACUGUUCGAAGUACAGUGGGACACACUGCAGGAGGAGUGACUCAAACCAUGUAGAGUUCAAGUUCCUAAAAAUGAAAAUACUUUUCUGUGCCUUAAGCCUGUUUUCUGAUUUUUUUUUUUUUUUUUUAAUUUUUGAACUUCUCUUUCCCCAGAUGUGGAAAUUAAGAUGACUUUGGCCCUUGCUGCAGGGACAUUGUUGUGGCUCUUUCUCCUGGCUCUACUCCUCCUUCACACUUUAGCUCAGGCCACCUGGGAAAAGGGGAAUUUUAGCAGGAUCAUCCUAGUAGCAUCAGCAACAUGAACCGUGAAGACCGGAAUGUGCUGCGUAUGAAAGAAAGGGAAAGGCGGAAUCAAGAAAUUCAGCAGGGUGACGAAGCCUUCCCACCCAACUCUCCUCUCUUUGCUGAGCCAUACAAAGUGACCAGCAAAGAAGACAAGCUGUCCAGCCGCAUCCAGAGCAUGCUGGGGAACUAUGAUGAGAUGACGGAUCUCAUCGGGGACCGGCCGCUCCAGAAGAUCGUCGCCAUUCCCAAACCCUCCGUUCCCGUUCCCGCCGCGCCCGAUGACAAACCCACGCCCGGCUUCUUCGGCGAGCAGCGGCACGGCGCGGGCUCUCACCAGAGCAGCAAAUGGACCCCGGUGGGGCCGGCCCCCAGCACCUCAGCCCAGUCCCAGAAGCGCUCGGCGGGGCCGGGGGGACACGGGCAGCGCUCCGGGGGCGGCGCCGCCGGCGCGGGGACCCGGCACGAGCGCGACUCCUACGGAGGCGGCGGCCGCAAGAAGGGUCAGCACGGCUCGGAGCACUCCAAGGGUCGCUCUGCCAGCCCCGGGAAACCUCCAGCGGUGUCCUCGCUGGCCUCUGGUCACUCCAGAGCCCACGGCGGCGACCACCACGGCAAGGACCACCAGCGCUCCAAGUCGCCCCGGGACCCCGAGCCCAGCUGGGACUCUCCCUCCCGCGUGCCCUCGUUCGCCGGCGGGCAGCACUCGAACCAGUCCUUCCCACCCUCGCUCAUGUCCAAGUCCAGCUCCAUGUUACAGAAACCCACUGCCUACGUCAGGCCGAUGGACGGGCAGGAAUCCAUGGAACCAAAGCUAUCCUCGGAACACUACAGCAGCCAGAGCCACGGCGGCGGCGUCAACGAGCUGAAACCCAGCAGCAAAGCGCACCUGACCAAGCUGAAAAUUCCUUCUCAGCCGCUGGAUGCAUCAGCCUCUGGUGAGGUGAGCUGCGUGGAUGAAAUCCUCAAAGAGAUGACCCACUCCUGGCCUCCUCCACUGACUGCCAUCCACACCCCUUGCAAAACUGAACCCUCCAAAUUCCCUUUUCCAACAAAGGAGUCUCAGCAGUCCAGUUUUGGCACUGGAGAACAGAAACGAUACAAUCCCUCAUCCAAAACAUCCAAUGGUCAUCAAUCCAAAUCAUGUGAAUCGAACCAGACAGAUAUGUUGAAAGAUGACUUAAAACUUAGCAGUAGUGAAGACAGCGAUGGAGAGCAGGACUGUGAUAAGACAGUGCCAAGGAGCACACCUGGAAGUAAUUCUGAGCCUUCCCAGCACAACAGUGAAGGAGCAGAUAACUCCAGGGAUGACUCGAGCAGCCACAGCGGCUCCGAGAGCAGCUCCGGCUCCGACUCGGAGAGCGAGAGCAGCUCCAGCGACAGCGAGGCCAACGAGCCAUCCCAGAGUGCAUCCCCCGAGCCAGAGCCACCACCCACAAACAAGUGGCAGCUGGAUAACUGGUUGAACAAAGUUAAUUCCCAUAAAGUGUCACCAGCUUCUUCCGUGGACAGCAAUAUCCCUUCUUCCCAAGGCUACAAGAAAGAGGGACGGGAUCAGGGUACAGGGAGUGGGUACACUGAUCAAGGUGGAUCCAAGGACUCCAUUUCUUCUACACCAGGGAGAGAUUCCAAACCCACCCAGAAGGGCUCAGAGAGCAGUCGUGGGAGGCAGAAAUCACCUGCCCAGAGUGACAGCUCAACUCAGAGGAGGACUGUAGGGAAAAAACAGCCCAAGAAAGCAGAAAAGACAUCUGUGGAAGAGCCCAGAGGAGGUCUUAAAAUAGAAAGUGAAACCCCAGUAGACAUGGCAACAAAUAUCCCUUCAAACAGGCACAAGGCAGCCACCAAAGGCUCCAGGAAACCCAAUAUAAAGAAGGAGCCCAAGUCUUCCCCUCGACCUACAACAGAGAAAAAGAAAUACAAGGCUUCAAGCAAAUCUGCCCAGAAAUCCAGGGAAUUCAUCGAAACAGAUACCUCAUCCUCUGAUUCAGAUGAAAAUGAGAGUCUGCCUCCUUCCUCGCAAACACCCAAAUACUCUGAGAGCAAUAGGACUCCUGUUAAAUCUUCCAUGGAGGAGGAUGACAGCUUUUUUCGGCAAAGAAUGUUCUCUCCUAUGGAAGAGAAAGAGCUUCUGUCCCCACUGAGUGAUCCUGAUGAAAGGUACCCACUCAUUGUGAAGAUUGACCUGAGCCUCUUAUCCAGGAUACCAGGGAAGCCUUACAAGGAUGCUGAUGCUGCCAAGGCAGAGAAGAAGAGCGCUCCGGAAAAACACGCCCGGGAAUCCCAGAAACAGCCCACGGACAAGAGCUCCACCAAAGGCAAAAGGAAACACAAACAGAACGAGGAUGAAAAUAGAGCCAGUGAAAGCAAGAAAACGAAACUGGAAGAAAAAGCUCCCUCAGGACACAAGAAUUCCAGCAGUAGGGAGUCUUCAAAGCCAAGUGCUGUUAAAGAGAAGGAUUUGCUGCCCUCCCCUGCUGCCCCAGCCCUGCAGAAGGAUUCCAAGCAGGAACAUGGCUCCAGGAAGAGAACAGUCAGUCAAUCCUCAUCCCUAAAAUCCAGCAGCAACCCUGGCAAGGAGAGCAGCAGUGGCAGCAAGAGCAGCUCCUCUUCCAAGCAGAAGAAGACAGAGGGGAAGGGGUCCAGCAGUGCCAAGGAAGCCAAGGAAAAGAUCCUGAACAAUUCUUCCAGCUGCCCUCCUGCCUCUGCUCAGGCCACGGAAAGUGCGAAGUCGAGGAGAGCCAAGCUCGUUUUUGAUGAUAGGACUUACUCAGCUGAUCAUUAUUUGCAGGAAGCAAAGAAGCUGAAACAUAAUGCAGAUGCUUUGUCGGACAGGUUUGAGAAGGCCGUGUACUACCUGGAUGCUGUCGUGUCCUUCAUCGAGUGUGGGAAUGCAUUGGAGAAAAAUGCUCAGGAAUCCAAGUCCCCGUUCCCUAUGUAUUCAGAAACUGUGGAAUUAAUCAAAUACACUAUGAAACUGAAGAAUUACUUGGCCCCAGAUGCGACGGCUGCGGACAAAAGGCUGGCAGUGCUUUGCCUUCGGUGCCAAGCUCUGCUGUACCUGAGGCUUUUCAAACUGAAAAAGGAAAGUGCAUUGAAAUACUCAAAAACUCUGACUGAACAUCUGAAGAACUGCUACAAUAAUUCUCAAGCACCAUCCCCUGGUAUGGGAAGCAAACCUGUUGGGAUGCCAUCUCCAGUGUCUCCAAAGCUGUCUCCAGGGAAUUCAGGAAAUUACUCUUCCGGGGCAGCCAACCCUUCAGGGAGCGGGUCCUCGGUGACGAUCCCGCAGCGCAUCCAUCAGAUGGCUGCCAGCUACGUCCAGGUCACCUCCAACUUCCUCUAUGCCACUGAAAUCUGGGAACAAGCAGAACAGCUCUCAAGAGAACAGAAAGAGUUCUUUGCUGAACUGGACAAGGUGAUGGGGCCCCUGGUGUUUAACACGAGCAUCAUGACGGAGCUGGUGCGUUACACCCGGCAGGGUCUGCACUGGCUGCGCCUCGACGCCAAGUGAGGAAGCCCAGCCCAGCCCAUUCUUCAGCUGCCUCUGAUUCCUCUCCACAACACUGUGUCAUGUCAAUAAGGAAGACUGCCAUAACACAUUGCUUAGUUGACACUAAGAGCAAGGAAUGCUUUCCCACGUCUCCCAUCCUCAUUUUGUGUUUUGUGUUUAACCCCGAAUCAGCUGGUUCAUGGACUUCUCCAGUAUUCCCGGUUUAAGUUAUUUAAAUAUUUGAAAAUUUGCUACAGAAAAGUUGUAGUUUUGCUGAUCUGUCAUGGAUAGAUCCUUGGAAUUCCAGUCACAAUACAUGAAUAGUCAGUUUAAAUUCUAUUUAUUUUAAUUUUUUUUUUAAUUUUAAUUUUGAAAAGCCCCUUUUGGGGGCUGGUUUUAGCUAUUUCUACUUCCCUAAAUUUCCCCUUUUGAGUACUUAGAAAUUAAACCUAGACACUUUAUUUAAGUACUUUGUGAGCUUUGUUACUCUGUAAUGUCUUGUGGUGGUAGAGCCAGUAAAAGGAACUAGGGUUAAUAGGUUCUAACGAGUAGGGACACCAUACUUCUCAUGCCUAAUGCCUAUGAGUCGACUAAUAAAUGACAACUACAGAUUUAUUAUUGCAGAAUUUGUACUAAAUAGAAAAGUUCCAGAUAUUCUUCUACGUAUUGAGAUACUUCAUUUAAAUGAAUUAUAAAGAAAUUUAUAUGGAAAAAUAUUUAGCUGGAUCUGCCUUGGAUUGUUUCCAAGGCAGCUUCAAGCCAUCGAUUAACACUAUAACAAUCACAAAACAUUACAGUAAUUUGCAUUCAGUGUAACGUCCAGGCAGUGGUGUAGGAAUGACCUUCAGUCUGAUGGGUGCGAUGCAAACAGGAAAGGCUUUGGAAAAGGACAAUCUCCUGCUUUUUUGCAUCUCUUCAUUUCAAAUUCUUUUUGUUUCCGUGCUUGUCACUUUUUGACAGUUAAAAAUUGGAGAACUUCGUGGUUCCAAACCCAAGAGCAGUUCAAUUCCUACCAGAACCGUCAUUUACAUCUUUUCCAUUGACUGAGAAACCAGGAAUCUUGAGCAGACCUCUAGGCCCAUUUUGUCCUCUUAGGGUCUGCUGGGUGAUGGACACUACAGGCUGGCAGUGCAGCAGCCAGCGUGGGGUGGGAGCAGAGCUGCUCCUGCAGGAGCCCUGUUCUGUGCAGCAUGGAUGGCAAACUUGGCUUGACCCCGUGCUAAUGAAGGUCCCGUUCAUGUCACGUAACGUCCACUCCCGAGGGGGCUGCUGGGUGCCACACAGGCUUGCUGGAGCUGCUGGUGGCCCCUCUCUGAGUGCAAACCAAAGUACCUUUCCACAUGAGGUGCUUGUCUGAGUUAAAAGGUUUCAAAUGCUACUGCUUUCGGUAUUGCUUAGUGCCCCCAACAUGUCUGGUGUGCCUUAUGCCUUACUUUUAGAUGAAGAUUUUAUGAACUGUUUACAAGAUGUUUUACAGCAGGACCAGGUAUACUGUAUGCAGUGGUCUUCUGCAGUACUUGGGUAAAAUUCCAUUUCCUUUUUCAAAGUCCCGGUGUCUGUCACACAAACUGACUCAUCGUGGUGGUCUCCUUCCCCAGAGUCCAACUCUGAAUCCUUUGGAGUGAGAUUGUGGAAUGCUGCUUUGUUUUCUCUCCCAUUGAACCCUUUAUUCUGUACCAGAUAUGAACGUGCAUGUUCAGGAAAAUUAUUGCACUAAAUUUUUUGUGUAGGUGUAGUUAAGUGCCAAAAUCACGGCAACCUCGAGAGAAGGAAUAGAAUUCUACGCUCCUUAGUACUGCAGUAUGUCCUAUGGGCUUUAAGAGUUUAGAAGUUUUGCAAAUUAGUAACCUACUACAAGGUAGCUGCAUCUUCGUAGAGCUUCCUUUGCGUCCCAGCGUGUUUUGUACUUCCAGAAAAGCUUUGCUACGUCCGGAUUGACAAACGGGGAACAGACCUGGGGCUCUCCCUGACUCCACUCUCCAGGUCUGUCGGAGCAUCCUUUUUAUGGAAUCACUGUGCAAGGUCACCUUUCUGUUAGUCUUUGCUGUUGGAGACAGAACUCUGUACCCUCAAACUCCCCGCCGUGGGCAUGGGACACUGUCAGCUGUGUUUCCUUUCCUCCUCUGAAGUGCCUCGCACACCUCUGACGCUGAGAAAUCCCUUGGUAGAAGUUGCAUUCGUGGGUGGGUUUGUGUGUAGUGCUGCACUAGCCAGCGUGGCUGUUCUUGGCUUGCUCCUUUGUGCACAGUCACCAUUGCUGUCAGCAGGAAUGGUGUCAUCUCGGGGAACUUUUUUUCCUUAACUAGAGUCCCACAAAUACCUUUUGGUGUCACGUGAAAUCGGCCUCUUGAAAACGCAUCGCUUAUCCCUAGAGCAGUGGAUCUUAGAAAUUGGCUUCAAACAACCAGAAGGCUUUUUUCUGAAUCGUGUCAAAAUGUGCACCUGAGCUGGUUGGAAGUGUCCCAGCUGAAGGGUGAACUCCAUGGUGGCAUAUCCUCUGGAGUGCUGUCCCGGGUGUUGUGUCCGUGCGGGGGAUCCUCAGGGGCUUGGGGAUGGAUAGGAAAUGCCUUGUGCAGCUGGGGCUGGUGCAAACAGAUCAGUUCAAACCUCAUAUCUUAAUUUGGGAUUGACCCUUGUUUCCAAGAGGAAAGUUCUGUACUUGAGCGGAUUUUAUAGCCAAAAAAAAAAAAAAAAAAAAAAAAAGGCAAAUACAUCCUAGGCUUCCAUCCCUCUGCCAAGCUAGGAGGGCUCUGUCCCUGUCCUUGGCAGCUCCCAGCACCACAGGGGGAGUGCAGGUCACAGGAGUGACUGAGGAGGGACUCCCCACUCCUGGCUUCCCAAAUGAUUCCCUGGAUAGGGAAUGUGUAUCAAUACAUAUCAGCGCUGUAAUCUUAAUUCCCUUGCUGAUCAUGGCCCCAGUUGGUGAAUCUUGAAAAUGGCUCAAUCAGACUAGGCUUGCUCAGCUAUCUGUGCUGUUUGACUUUGCUCUCAGACUUGCAGGUUCCAGGUGAUAAAGGUGCAAACCAUUUAUAAUUCCAAACAAAUCUUCAGGACACCAGAGUAAACCAGCCCAAGAGUUUUGUUUUGAUUUGAAUCUCAGCCAUAAAGCAGAGCAGAUGGACGGCUCUCCUUGGCUUCGAUGGCAGUAUGCAAUUUGUAUUGUAUGUGUCUUUUAAUAUAUAUGUAUAUAUAUAUGACUCAGUCUGUCCAAAGUAUAUGUUAUACUUGUUUUUAGAUUAUGGUGCAACUGACUAUAUUGAUAUAUUAUUUAUUGAGUGCUGAGUCACCAUCUUAUUGGUGAUAAAUAUUGCAUAUUAUCCAGGAGUGCAAUGUAUAUUCCUUUAGAUUGCUGAGGCUUGAUUGCUGUGGUAACAAAAAAUGCCCUGAAAUGUAUUUAUGAAUGGCCCCAACACACAGAGAGUCAGAACUUAUGGGAAUGAUGUAGCACUUGCCUGGGGCAAGUAAAAUAAAGCCGUAGGCAGAGAAUUAGGGAGUUUGCCCAAAAGGCAAACUGCUGGAAAGUGAGAGAAACUACCUUUGCUGUAUUUAAUGUCAUUUUCUGAACAGAUCUUUGCUGUCAUUGCAGUGUUUCCAUUGAGGCAGAUCCACAAGGGCCUGAGCAAGUCAAGUUUGAAUUACCCAUUGGGGAGUAAACAACUUCCAAAUUCUUUACUUUUCCAACAAAUCCUUGGGUCAGGGUUGAAACUUCUCCCUGUGAUGUGUCAGUGUUCUGGAAAACCCCUGUUCCAAUGAGCAAUGAGGUCAGUGCUGGGCAUCCUGAGGGACAGAGAGGAGCCUGAGCUUUGCUGCCAGCUCCCCCAGAUGCAGAGUGUUCCAGGAGGGGUUGCCAGGCUGGGAGCGUCCCUGGGAAUCCUGCUGUGUCCAGGGCUUGGUGGCCCUGGGAGGGAAGGGAAGGGAAGGAAGGGGCAGCGCUGCCCCCGGAGCUGCUCCCGGGCUGGGCUCAGCCCCUGGAUGUGCUGGGGGAGCAAUCCCAGCUGCUGGGGCAGUCCCGGGGAGCAGGGCUGUUGUGGGACUGUGCCUCCCCUGCUUUUAUUCCACCUGGGAGCUCAAUUCCCUGGGGCACUGUGCCCAUCCCUGGCUCCAGGCUCCAUCCCUGUCCCAGGACACAGCUCCUUGCCCUGCCUUGGCAUUCCACAUCCCAAACUCUACUCCAAGGACCAGGCAUGACUUUCCAAGCACAGUUCCUGACAUUUGUAUCUGGUCCCCCUUUUAAAUUGUUUUAAAAAAAUUUUGUAUAUGGAGGAUAAAGUGCUUAUAUAUUUAUUAAAAAUCCUUUAUCUUAUUUGAAAUUAUUAUUUGGUGAAGAAGGGGUUUUUCUUUUGGGGGAGGGCUGGGGAGGGGAGGUAACUUUUAACCUGUCACUUAUAAAUGAAGCCCUAAUUAAUCCUACAGAAAGGUACUAUUAGUAACUAAUGGGAUGUCUCUGUUUUAUGCUUUGUACAUGACAAGUCCAUGUGUUACAUUUUUGUUUUCUAUCAAAAGAUUUCGGCAUCUGUCUUCAACCAAAACCGGAAAAAAAAAGAAACAAACUGUGAUUUUAUUUGUUGCAAUACAUUUGAAAUUUCAAAGGGUACUUUGGGGCUCAAAAUUAGGAUUUCUAAGUCAGUAUGUGCAUUUCACGUAAUAAAGCUGUUAAUGGUGAGCAAAGUAUUAUAUACUAACUAGAUUUUUUCCACAUCUGUAUAGUAUAUUCUAUGUAUUUUGUGGUAUUGAGAUUAUAGAAAGUUUAGUGUCUGAAACAUGCGUUUAAUGUGUAUUUUUAAACAAAUUUAUGGCAAUUAAAAUAUUUGGAGAAAAGGGUAUCACAUUUCAAUUUGUAAAGAUCUUUUUAACUACUGUGUCAUUAAAAUGCUUUGUACAAUGCAAAACUGUAACUGGAGAAACUAAGUUUAAUAAAUAUCAAAUAGAUUUUCUGUA